GUGAGAGGACGAGGUGGAUGCGGAAGAGGUGGUCCAGGAUGACUUCGGGGGGGGGUGACAAUGUAAUUCUGCUGUCUCGGCUCAGGUGCGCAUUCUUGCCACUGGCGCCGUGACCUGUCUUCAACGUAGUGUGACACGGAGGAUCGAUGGACCCACGAUAGGGAGGGCCAUGGGGCUGCCCGUGGUGCUCGGUGCCGCCCUCCCGGCCCUGGUGGCCGGGGGGAGGCUGCGAAGGGGCGCCGCGCCUGGGGCGCUGGCGCUCGAGCAAGCGGAGCUCCGAGGAGAGCGUCGGCGGAGGACUCCUCUGCCCAGCAGCUGGUGACGAGCCUGAUCAAGGGGACGAUGUCGAUGGGCAAGGUCGUCGGUGAGGCCGCCAAGGACGUCAACCUGACCGAGGCCGAGAGGAGGCUGUCGGGCCAGCUGCCAGACGACAUCAAGGCACUGCUGAGGGUCGGCGGGAGCAAGAGGGUGAAGACGUCCGGUACCACGACGGCCAAGGGGGAGUUCAGCGAGGAGUCCCUGGCGAAGGCGCGAACCUACCUCAACGGCAUGGUCGAGAAGUCUGUCGACGACCUGGACAAGGUCACCAUCGAGUGUAAGGAGUUCGAGGAGCGCAAUCGCGAGACGUUCAGCCAAGUGUCCAACGACAUCAAGCGCAUCUCGGGCCAAAUUUCCGACCUUCGCCGGAAGCAGAUCGGGUCUAACGAGGAGAUCCGCGAGCAGUCUCGCAUGCACAAGGAGACUAUCUCAGAGAAGGAGGCGGUCGCGUUGCGGUGCCACCAGACGUCCUUGGAGAAGGCGGCCGAUUUGAAGCUGAAGGAGGACGACCUCGCGGUGUUCGACUUCAUCCUCGCUGCAACCAAGUGUACAGAUGAUGAGGAGACUGCUGAGUUCGUGCAGCUUAGAAAGCAUAACCACUCCUCCCAGGGCAUGAGCGUCUGCAGCACACAGAAGGGCGAGCUUGAGUUGUUCUUCAAUGAUCCCAAGGUCCAGAGGCGAUUCGAGAAGCUGCUUACGCCGUCGGCUCGAAAGACGAUCCACAAGCUGCUUGGGAAGGCUGCUACGCAGCAUGGGAGCUUCGUUGAGCUCCGUUCCGAAGAGUGGGAGCAAUCCUCAAACUUUACCACGACCACUCCAGUCGUCCCGACAAUCACGCAACCGGACGCCCCAGUGCGCGAAACCGCGGACCAGGGCGGGCAGUGGAAGAAGUGCGUGAACGGCAAGCCCGACUGCGGUCUUCUCCACGACACGAUGGCCAUCGAGUGGGGCACUUACCGCGACCUGGUCGACGAGCUGAAGUACGAGAUGGGCCAGGACAAGGCGGAGUGCACGUCCCUGGACGCCAACCUGAACGAGCAGCUGGUCAUCAUAGGCGAGGGCAAGACAAAGGCCAUGGAGAUGCUUGCAGAGACGAUCUCCAACAUCCAGGAAGAUAGCCAGGAGAAGACGGAGAAGACUGAGCAGUACCAUGAGCUCGAGGCGGCCUACAGAAAGAAGAUGGGCGAGUGCAAGAUGACGAUGGAAGAAAUCCUGUACACGAACAUCUGCGCGGUCAGGAAGAUCCGCGACUCUCUGUUGACGAGCAGCGAGGUGUCGCCCCCAGAAAAGAUCGACGACUGUGACGUCGAGGACUGGACGCCCGGCGACUGCUCCGUGGACUGCGACGACACCUGCCCGCAGGACGACCCGUACAAGUGCGGGGGCUGGCAGACGCUCACCAGAGGCGUGGUCACCGAGCCGAACGAGUAUGGCGUCAAGUGCCCCGCGUUGAUGAUGACCAAGAAGUGCAACCAGUUCAAGUGCGCCGUGGACUGCGGCAUGUCCGAGUGGAGCGGCUGGUCGGGCUGCUCCGCGGAGUGCGAGGGCGGCGAGCAGCAGAGGACCCGGUCCAUCCUGGUGAAGCCGGCGAACGGCGGCCAGGACCGAGUGCGACACCACCCUGGAGGCGCAGGCGUGCAACACCGGAGGCUGCGACCGCGACUGCACCCUCAGCGAGUGGGGCGCCUGGUCGCCGUGCACCAUGGCGUGCGGCGGGGGCAUGCAGGAGAGCGGGUGAAGUCCGUGCUCGUCCCGAUCCGCGCCCUCGGCAAGUGCCCCGAGAAGAACCACCCCGACCGCCUGGAGACGCAGCAGUGCAACACUCAGGAGUGCGUCGGGGACGAGAUUUGCAUCGCCAAGCAGGACCUCAUCAUCGCGGUCGACGCAAGCGGCUCUCUGCGCGAGAGCGGCUUCGAGGUGCUCCGCAACUUUGUGGCCAACUUCACUGGCCGAUACCAGUCCACGUACUAUGGCGCAGAGGCCAUGCACGUUGGCGUGAUCAUGUUCGGCAACGGCGAGGUCAACGAAGACGGUACCAUCUCGAAGGCCGAGAUGGUGGAGCCUCUUACGACGGACAUGGCCGUGGUGAGGGAGAAGGUGCUCGCGCUGACUUGGCAGCGCGGUAUCACGAACAUGGCCCAGGCGUUUUCGCUGGCGCAGAAGAUGUUCCGCGAAGGAGGCCGCGAAGAUGCGCAGAGUGCAUUGAUGGUCAUCACCGAUGGCAAGCCUUCCAUGAAGUUUGCGACCAGUCAGCAGGUUGAGAAGCUCAAGGAGAUGAACGUGCACAUGUACUUCGCACCUAUCGCCGAGUUUCCGAGCAGGAAGUUCGACGUCCUCAAGGGGUGGGCAAGCGAGCCGUGGGAGACGAACUACGAGCGGGUCCCUGGCUUACUCGCCCUCAGUAACAACUUCGACAUGUUCGGGCAAAGGCUGGUGGCGAAAUUCUGCCCGAACUCCUUUUCUCCUUCCCAGGAGAAGGCCAAGGCAGAGGAUAAGGGCUACAUGCUCAUCCACGAGUAUGGCUACCCUGAUUCGGCAUGCGGCAUGAACUACAGAAUGGGUGUCUACGCGACGAUCGAGGACUGCAUGUUGGCGGUACGGGAUUAUGCCGCCAUGUCUUCUUUCAGCUAUGUCCACAGCGGAAGGAUGUUAGGAACGUGCUAUGCGGAGACCCUGGAGGUGACUGAUGAGCUGUGGGCAUCGUGGUCGGCCAAUCUGACAGCCCCCGAGUGUCCCAACGGUGGGUGGACAGAAGAUCCGUACUCCGACACGUUCGCUAUUAACCCCUCUUCUGUAGUGGACUUGAGCAUGGAGGAGGACGACUGAGUGCCCGCGUGAGGCUCGGAUUGCUUCUUAGGCAGGAAUUGCAGCCCGGCCUGAUACCCAGGGAAUGUCGCAAUGCACGUCACGCUGUAGUUAGGUGUGUUACGGAUAAUGUCAGCGUCACUUUCUAGUUUGAGCGCCUUUCCAGUCCUUACGGAUAGUGCUGCAUCGAAGGUGACGCAUGCUGAAUAAUUUGGCUUACCUUUCAAAUUCUGACGCUUCAGCCCAUCCAGAAACAUAUCGCCAGGCGAGUUGCCUUGAUCAGGGAAGUGUAGAAGCACGCAGUGCAACAACCGCCUUGGAAGUGAGGACGCGUGGAGUGUAGAAUUUUUAUUGGCGACGGACGAG